AUGACGGUGGGCCCGCCAAACACUAACGACACUCCCCUUGAGAUGCGUCCGCGCUACGCAUCCCCUUUUGUCCGAGUUUGCUUCCCACCCGACGGUCAACCUACGGUCAUUACCUCGUCAGGCGAGAGGGCCCCCCGCAACAGUGUCCAGCCGAACUCCCAAUCCCAUAGGAGCACCCCGAUGCCUCCGGAGUACCUAACCCCCACCAGCAGAUCCAAGCCACUCAGACCUGAACCCGCCGGCAGCUCUGGGAAAGGGAGUCCGUACCCCGAGGGGUCCGUCAGCACUGGAGCCUCUGAAGCGGAAAGGUUACCUCCCGUGAGUGUGUGGGGGAUUCCAGGUGGCCCCCGGCCAGGACUCCGAGGAGACCUGUGUUACGCCGGCGCUCCAAGUCCUACCCACUCCACCCAUGGGACCCAGACUUCGCAGCGCCCCUCCCUACAAGUAGUGAGGGGCGCGGCCGGCCGACCCCAUCCGAAGCACUAG